AUGAAUAUUUUGAAACGUAACACAAUCUACAAAAUCUUUGUCUCGAUGGAUGAUGAUGGAUCUGGCACUAUAACGGCUAAUGAAAUCGCGCAAAUGCUGUAUGGAUUUGGUUGUGAUGUUUCGCCAAAAGUUGUUCAAGCUGUCAUGCGAUCAUCAGAUAAAAGUGGCGAUGGGGAGAUCGACUUUGAAGAAUUUCUGGCAGCCGUUACUUCCAAAAUAAAGCUUUCUGCGGAAGAAUUGGUUGUAGCAUGGAGUGAAACACUGAAAACUAGGAUAACUGUGAAAGAAGCCGCUGCUUUAAUUCAACAGGUGCGUAUGGCAAAACACUCUUGGAUGCAAUUAUAG